AUGGGUAAUCUCUCUGCAUUGGCCGAGCACCACCGUGUGUCUCCGUCGUUUCCUUUAGCGACGGGCAAUCACAGCGACUCGCCGUUAUCGGAUCACGCGCGGUACUCGAAUCAAGAUAACGAAGAGUACUUAUCAGAUGAACCAGCUCGUGGUUUCGGGCCUAUCCACCGUCGUGUGGAGAGGAAGAGAGGUAUCGUUUUACUACUGAAAUUGAUUGUGUCGUACCACCGGUUUAGUGAAGUUGUUUGUGGGAAAGCAUCAUCUCAUUUUGUGUACCAUGUUGUUGAGCAUGGAGUCUAUGGUUAUGUGUGCUUAAGCGUUAUUGAAUGUGUUCCUUGGACCGAGGAGGAGCACAGACUAUUCUUAGUGGGUCUUCGGAAGCUAGGUAAAGGAGAUUGGCGUGGUAUAUCAAGAAACUAUGUAAUGUCAAGAACUCCUACGCAAGUGGCUAGCCAUGCUCAAAAGUAUUUCAUCCGCCAUACUUGUUCCAGCCGCAGGAAAAGACGUUCUAGCUUAUUUGACAUGGUAACGGAUUCAUCACCAACACAGGAAGACACUUCCUCUCCAAGCAAGGAGCUCAAAAACAAAACCUACCUUCCUUCACUAGAGCUCUCACUCAAUAAUACUACAGAAUCUGAAGUGGUCACAACCACGGCGCCACCACAGGGGGAACUUGAGGAAGCCAUAGAACCAUCAAACGGUCUUUCAACAAUGCUAGUACCAAGCGGUUACUUUCCUCCUUGUUUCCCAGUCACUUGCACGAUUUGGCUCCCUGCGAGUUCCACUUCACUUCAAGGAACAGAGCAUUCCUUGGAAGCUGAGACUUCUUCUCAGCAGCACCAUGUCCUAAAACCAAAACCUGGAUUUGCUAAAGAACGUGUGAACAUGGACAAGAUGGCCGGUAUGUCUCAGGUUAGCAUAUGA